AAGCAAGAAGAAGAAUACAAAAUCUAAAAAUGAGCGCACGAAAGAAAACCUGGGCGAGGAGCGCCUUCAGCGAGAUGAGCCUUUCGGCCAGUCCAAUCACCACAGAAGCCACUCCCGUCAAGAGAAGCAGGAGUUCCUCCAAUGUGACAACAACAACCCGUGUUUCCAGGUCUCAAAGCGGAAAAUCAGCGCCAACGCCAAAGCCCUUGAUGGAUUCCGUAGAUCUGACUACUCUGUCUGAUAAGGAGGAGCACAAUACCGAUACCAAAGAACCCCCACCGGAAGUAAAGGAAAACUGGAUGGAGAGCUUUGCGCCGGCAACCAGCGAGGAGUUAGCCGUUCAUCCCAAAAAGAUUGGAGAACUCCGGGAUUGGCUGCGACACUGCGAAGCUGUUCGUAAGAAGUUUCCGGCCCAAAUGUGCCUGCUUACGGGACCCACAGGCGCCGGCAAAACUGCGACGUUGCGCGUUCUGGCCAAGGAGUUUGGUUACCAGGUGCAGGAAUGGAUAAAUCCCAUCGACUGUGAGGUAGUCAAUGCCUUGGGGGAUCAAGCCAACGGCAAUUCCUAUGUGGGUUCACACUUGGAGGCUUUCAAGAGCUACUUGCUGCGUGCCUCGCGAUAUAAAUCUCUGCUGGAUUCGCAGAAUAAAAGACUGUUGCUUGUGGAGGACUUUCCCAAUGUGUUGCUCAACGAUACUCAGGAUGUCAACUUUGAGGAGUUGUUGGAUGAAUACUCCUCGUAUGGCAAAUCCCCAUUGGUUUUCAUUGUGGCCGAUGCCAAGUCUCGUGGCCUAAACAUCAGCUACCGUCUAUUUCCAGACCAGCUGAAGGCAAAACAUCGCAUCGAACACAUUAGCUUUAAUGCCAUUGCAUCCACAAUUAUGCAAAAGUCAAUGAAAGCCUUUUGUUCCGUGUUGCAGCAACCCCAGAACAGAGCCUUGUACAAAUUACCCUCGUCCACUAUUGUCGACUCAAUAGUUGUUGGCGCCCAGGGUGAUAUAAGGAAUGCGCUAAUCAAUCUGCAUCUCAGCUCCUUGAAGGGAGUUGCCAAUAUGCCUACCAAGAAACUCAAUGUCAGCGUGGCCAGCAAGGGUCGCAAAAAGAAAACAACUCAGAGUACUCUAAAAUCGAUUGGAAGGGAUGAAUCCAUUACGUUGAUGCAUGCUCUGGGUCGCGUCCUCAAUCCCAAGUUUAAUGAUGACAAAAUGCUGCUACACAGUCCCGAGGAAUUGACCGAAGCCUUCAGCACAGAGCCCAGGAACUUUGUGAACUUUGUGCAUGCCAAUUAUCUCCCACAUUUCAAAGACAUUGAGGAAGUUGUGACUGCCAUAGAUGACUUGGGCCUAGCCGAUUCGAUGCUUAACGAAUAUCGUGAAGGUGCUGUGAGCGUCAUGGGUUUAAAUAUUGCCAUCCGUGGUGUAAUGCUUGCCAACAGUGCCCCAGUCAGCGGUUGGAUGCCAGUUAAGGGGCCAAAGCGUAUAAACAUCAAAUCGCUGGCCACUUUGGCUGAACAGAAACUGGUCGGUGUAGGAUAUGCGGGCAUUUCCAGGACACUCUAUGCCACCGAAUAUAGUUCCCUUGUAAAGCGCAUAGCCGACAAGCUCUCAGAGGUCAAUUCAGGCCAAAGUAUAGAAUAGUAUUUAAAAAUGUGCUGAAAGUGUUGUUAAGUAAUCCCUUACCAUUUAAUAAUAAUACCUAGUAUUCACGAUUCAACAUUUUAUUAA